GUGCACCAAGAAGACGGAGUGCCGCAGGGGGGGGGAGGAGAAGAUCUGGCUGUGGUCGCCCAAUCAGCAGUGUGUUCAGAUCGAAUCCUUCCAACCGCCGAACCUGAGCUGCAAGGAGACGCGGCAGGUGGAUAUAAACAUACCUGCCCUGCCGGCCCUGAAUAGCUUGGACCAGCUGCAGUGUGAGUUUGGUUCCUUCAUCAGCGAGGCCGUGAUGGUCAUCGCUGACAGCCAGGUACGGGUCACCUGCUCGCUGCCGGACCCCGUGGAGAUCCCCCCAACGCCAGACCAGCAGGACUAUGUGUCCGUCCCCGUCACGGUCCUGGUGAACAACAUCAAGGUGACGUCUGGACAGUACCACUUCUACAACUGUGCUGCCACGGUCAGAAAGAACCCAAACUCACCGUGCAUAGCGUGUGUGACCAGUGAAUGGGGCUGUCAGUGGAACGCCCAGGAUUACAGCUGCAGCGACAAGGACGAUGCUGCAGGUGGAAAACACAUCAUCAAACCACAGCAGGCCGGCAGCUGUCCUCAGUUCGAGUCUCUGGAGCCGCCACUGAUCCCCGUUGGGUUUCAGGUCCCCAUCAGCUUCCAGGGAAGGAACCUGGACAUCUACACGGAACAUAGCUUCUCCAUCGGGACGGAGCUGAUGAAGGACACGGAGGCCGCGGUGACUCGGGAGCAGGGGUCAAAGUUCAAAUUCACAGGCUAUGAGUUUUCCUUUGACAAGCAGCAGGAGGUGAACAUAUCUUUCCAUAUCAAAGAAAGAGAGACUCUGAGAAAGAUUGACAGCACCCUGACAGUGGUGCUGUAUAACUGCUCGGUGGGAAGGGAGGACUGCAGUCUGUGCCAACACGCCGAUGCGGCGUACCGGUGCGUCUGGUGCUCCGCGACUCGCCGCUGCGUUUACCGGGAGCGGUGCCCGGGGCCCGAGGCGGCGCAGUGCCCCCCCCCGCAGAUCACGGACAUCGUCCCUCGCUUCGGGCCCCCGAACGGUCAGAUCUCCGUCACCAUCAAAGGCUCCAACAUGGGCAUCAAGAGGGAAGACGUCAAGAAGAUCACCGUGGCCGGCGUGGAAUGUGUCCACCAGGCGGACCGGUACUCCGUCUCCACCAGCGUGGUGUGUGAGAUCGGGCCGGCGAGUCGCAUGGACGUCCCCAUGCGUGGAGCGGUGGAGGUGGAGCUGGAGGGGGGACAGAAGGGGACGUCUCAGGUGAUCUUCACCUAUCGGGACCCCAAGCCGCUGGCAGUCGUCCCAUCGAGGGGUCCGGCCGGCGGCGGCACGCUGAUCACCGUCCAGGGGGAAAACCUGGACACCGGCACCAGGGACGACGUCUCCGUCGCCGUGGGGGGGGUCCCCUGCGAAAUCGUGGCAUUCGGCGAGCAGAUCACCUGCAGGACGGGGAGGUUCCGCGGGACGAAGGUUCCCUCCGAGCUGCUGCCGGUGACGGUGCUCUACGGCAAGAACACCACCAAGGAGGUGGGGGCCGCGUUCCAGUACUUGGAAGACCCCAAGGUCACCAACUUCCUGCCCAAGGACAGCUUCCUGUGCGGCGGGCGCAGGAUCAUGGUGGUGGGGAGCGGCUUCGAUCUCACCCAGAGAGCGAGCCUGAAGGUCGUGCCCCUCGCCAACGAGUUCUCCCACAGCGCCUCACCUGUGGAGUUUGUCCAGGAGGCCCUGAGUAAGAACGAAACCGUCCUGCAGUUCCUCUCCCCCACGGCGGGCGCCGGCGUGGACCCCCAGGCGCUGAGGACCUUCCUGCACCUGGACAACGAGAAGGUGGAGCUGAAGAACUUUGUCUACCACCGGGACCCGCCCUUCAACAAGCUGGACAAGAACGUCUUCCCCGAGCCCGGCGUCAUUAUCUUCACAGGGCGAGGAUUCGCCAAAGCCAUGACGGCCAAAGAGGCGCAGGCCUUCGUGGGAGACGCCUCGUGUCCCGUCAACAUCCUGCAGGACGAUAAGCUGAUCCUGGACGCUCCGCAGUCGCAGCCCGGGUCCAGACGGCAGCGCCGAGACACAGCGGACAACAUGCUGGAGCUCGUGGUGAAGUUCGGUCACGGCGAGUGGACGGUGGAUUCGGUUUCCUACGCCAGAAAGGACGACAUCCCUCUGGCCACCAUCAUCCCCUCGGUGAUCAUCCCGAUGCUGCUCUUCAUCGCCGUGUCCGUGUACUGCUACAGGAGGAAGAGUCAGCAGGCAGAGCGGGAAUACGGGAAGGUGAAAAACCAGCUGGCGAAUCUGGAGGAAAGUGUUCGAGAUCGCUGCAAGAAAGAGUUCACAGAUCUGAUGAUCGAAAUGGAGGACCACACCAGCGAGCUGAGCGAGGCCCGGAUCCCCUUCCUGGACUACAAGACCUACACGGAUCGCAACUUCUUCCUGCCCUCCAAAGACGGCGCCAACGACGCCAUGAUCACGGGGAAAAUCCAAAUCCCAGAAGCCCGCAAGGCCAUCGUGGCUCAGGCCCUGAACCAGUUCUCCAACCUGCUGAACAGCAAAACCUUCCUGAUCAACGUGAGCCUCCUCCUUCCCUUCUCUCCUUCCCUUCUCUCCUUCCCUUCUCUCCUUCCCUUC